CCCGGAACGUCAGGGUCAUUGGGGUUCCGGCCACUGUGGGGGAGACAGACCUGAUCCCCUUCUUGGAAAACCUGGUGCUGGCUUACCUGGGCUUAAAUGCGAAGGAAGCCCCUAUGCGUAUAGAAAAUGCGUACCGGCUUCCCACGAGGGAAGCGGGCGGCAGUGCCCGGGUGGCUGGCACUGGCACCGUGCUAAUGACCCUCUCCGAUUUCUGGGCCCGAGAGCGAAUUCUGCGGGCAGCACGGGCCUGCCGAGCGACCAAAUUCCAAGGCCCCAAGGUCUCCUUCUUCCCUGACCUCAGCCCUGCCACGCACGCCCGGCGGCAGCGCCUCGUGGUGCUCAAGCAAGCGUUUGUGAAGGAGGGGGCUCAGGCCUACGUCCUGUACCCUGCCAAACUAAAGGUCUUGUGCCGGGGACAAACCUAUGUCUUCAAGGACUGCGCGUCUGCAGCCCGCCUGCUGGAUGAGAUCAGACAAGAACGGCUGACGAUGGCUUUGAUCCGCAACAGACUGGGGCUGCUGGUCCUUGGGGUUCUUGUCACCUUUGUCCUCUACCUGUUGCUCCCUGCCAUCCAGCACGAGAGGUUCACAUCCAGGGCAGGCAGCCACAAGGCCCAGGCCAGGGCUGAGGAGAAGGGCCAGCGAGAUGUCAAUGUCACCGUCCUAACGGGGACCAUUGCAGGGAGCCCAUCCAUCUUAUUCAGAGAAGGCUUCCUGCUCCAGAGAGCUGGGACUCCCAGCCCCAAAAGGCUGGAGGUGGUUUUUCUGCAUGGCCAGGCUUUCACUUCCAAGACCUGGGAAGACCUGGGGACGCUGACCCUGCUCUCAGAGGAAGGAUAUCGCUCCAUUGCUAUCGACCUGCCCGGCUACGGCAACUCCCCGCCUUCCGAUGCCGUCUCCACGGAGCAGGGCCGCGUCGCCUUCCUGCAGCAUGUGCUGAAGGAGCUGGGGAUCCAGAGGCCCGUUCUGAUCAGCCCGUCCAUGAGUGGCCGCUAUUCCGUCCCCUUCGUCCUGGUGCACGGGGCACAGCUGAAGGGCUUUGUGCCCAUUGCACCUGUGGGGACCCAGGACUACACGGCCCAGCAGUACCAGCAGGUCCAGACGCCGACUCUGAUCGUCUAUGGUGAGCGCGACACCAGCCUGGGUGCUCAGUCCCUGCAGAGCCUGCGGCAGCUCCCAAAGCACAAGGCGGUGGCACUGCCUGAUGCUGGCCACGCCUGCUACCUGGAGAAGCCUCGCGAGUUCCACGAGGCGCUGCUAGCCUUCCUGGGCGAGCUGCAGUGAACAUGGACCCUCCUGGGGCCGGAGCCUGGCUGCGCUGAGCCUUGGCUGCGUGGCUGGGAUGCUGACUCUCUGACCCCGUCAUUAAGGGCUGUGGGACUUGUCCGGGGGUGGGGAGUUCUCACCGCUGCCACCCUCCUGGCUGUCUGAUCCCGCGGCGAGUUGGGCUGGAGGGGGUGUGGGAGCCAGGGGCUUGGCAAGGGACUUGUUAGAUGUCGUCAGCCUCUGCAGGGGGAUUUGCCAGAUGCCGGGAUUCUGCCUGCUUAGGGGCAUGAUUCUGCCGUGCGUGUUGGGAGGUAACCAGCCCCCUGCCAGCUUCUGGCUGUGCUCUCCUGUUGCACAGUCCUCGUGUUUGUUGCUUUCUCGUCCCCCUGCCUUGCCUCUCUGCAAGGAGCCCUCGCUAGGGCCCCAGACCGUUGCUGCUGAAUGAUGGGCUGGUGUGUUCGCCUGAGGGAUGGGGCACAGGCCAGGUGACCAUGUGGGGCUUGUUCCAAAGAGCGUUGCUGUAGAGUAGCUGAGCAUCUCGCUUGGCAGGGGCUGGGGUGCGGCGGGGCUUCGUCCCCACCAAUGGGUCCGAUGGGUUAGCGGUUGUGUCCGGUGGUUGUUUGUAGGGAGUGUUAAAUGGGCCCUUUGCCCGCGAAGCAAGGGCUGUUGGCGUGUUACCGGAGGGUGAUUGAUUUAACUCCUGGGUGGGUAAGCUGCUCUGACCAGGCCCAGCGGAGGGGUCUCUAUGGAGGAGUCUGUUACGAGGCCAAUAAACCAUUUGUACGGUG